AUGAAUCCCGCCUGCAGACUGAACCUGGAUAGCCCCGAGUGCCAGAAAUGGAUAACCGCCGUGACCUCCCACUGCGGCUCCCUGCUGCCGAAUGCGGAGCAGGCGUCACUCUGGGAUACCUGGUGGCCGGACGAGCUUCCCGCUCCGUACAAGACCUGGGUCAGCACCAUGUCCUCCUUUGACUGCUUCAGAGUUCGCAAGGAGGUGGCCAAUCAGGUGGAUGGGCGUCUCCAUGCACAGAGCAAUAGCAACACGGCCUUGUGGAGUUCAUGCCGUUGGAGCAUGCUCAUUAUUGUGCUGCUCUCGGUGCUGAUGUCCAUAUUCUUUGCCCUGCGAAUGGCGAUCGAAACUUGGCGUGGACAGCAAUCCCAGGAAGUCUCCACGUGUCCAUCCACGUCCAAGAAAUUGAAACCGAUCUGCGUCGAUGUGGAAUCUCCGCCGUGUCAGCCUUGCCAGCCCAGGUCCCCUAUCUCCAUGGGCCAGCGCUCGGAUCCGCUUACCGGUUACGUACAGUACAGAUGCCAAAAGAUGUUAAAGACCAGCUCCGUGCCAACCUGUAUACCAAUGGACAUGAAAUAUCCCAUCCAGGCUGAGUCUUCUCUGCGUCCCAGAAAGCCCUCCCCGCAGUCAUCGCGAAAGAAGAAAUCUUCCAAAAAAUAA